UCACAACUUGCAGUCAUCAUGGAGCUUGACUUUGGACAUUUUGACGAACGAGACAAGUCCUCCCGUACCCCUCGGGGCGGGCGCCUGAAUGGACUUCCUAGCCCUACCCACAGUGCCCAUUGCAGUUUCUACCGCACGCGCACUCUGCAGGCCCUCACCAAUGAGAAGAAAGCCAAAAAGGUGCGCUUCUACCGCAAUGGAGACCGCUACUUCAAGGGCAUCGUGUACGCUGUGGCCAAUGAUCGAUUUCGCACCUUUGACGCCCUCCUGGCUGACCUCACACGCUCGCUCUCAGAUCACAUUAACUUGCCGCAGGGUGUCCGCUUCAUCUUCACUGUUGAUGGUUUACGCAAGAUCUCAACCUUGGAGGAGCUAGAGGAAGGGGAAAGCUAUGUUUGUGCAUCGGAGAACUUCUACAAGAAGGUUGACUACACAAAGAAUGUCAACCCCAACUGGUCUGUGAAUGUAAAGGCCUCAGCCAGCCAGAAGAACAUGCAGUCCUUUGCUGCCAAGGCCGCCGGUGAGUCCAGAGAGACCAAGGACUUUAUUCGACCCAAGCUAGUGACGGUGAUGCGCAGCGGUGUGAAACCACGCAAGGCUGUGCGUGUUCUGCUCAAUAAGAAAACGGCACACUCCUUCGAGCAGGUGCUCACUGACAUCACAGAGGCCAUCAAACUUGAAAGUGGCGUGGUCAAAAGGAUCUACACGCUUGAUGGCAAGCAGGUUACCUGCCUUCAAGAUUUCUUUGGUGAAGACGAUGUCUUCAUUGCAUGUGGACCAGAGAAAUUCCGCUACGCCCAGGACGACUUCUCUCUGGAUGAGAAUGAAUGCAGGGUGAUGAAGGGACCCAAACCUCAGCGUGGUUCUGGAAAGAGUCCUGGUCCAAUCAGGCGCUGCAAGUCUCCUGCUGAAUCGACCAACGGGACGGGCUCCAGCAGCCAGCUCUCCACCCCGAUUUCCAAGCAUUCCCCCACCUCCACCCCUACCAGUCCAGGCCUCAACAACAAGCAGAAGGACCUCUACCUGCCCUUAUCUCUGGAUGAUGACGAUUCCCUCGGUGAAUCGAUGUAG